GUCACGUCAAUGUUAUAACUAUUGUGGACUUAAUUAUUUAAUUUAAAUAUUAUUUUAAAUUAUUUCCUAUUGACAAUAAAGUACAUUGUGACAUUCUAUGUUAACAUUUUUGUCCUUGGAUGUACUGGCCGUGUAAAAUUAUCAUUUCUUUCUCUCGCCGAUAACAGUAGAUUGUCAUGUUUUACCUCUUCCAAUUCCACACUUGUGACAUGUGGGAGGGCUUCUGUCAAAAUUAUAAUUUUUAAUUUAUUUAGUUUUUAUUUAUAGUGUGAGAGAAAUGAAAUUCUUUCCUCCUCACACUUUAGAGCUGACACUUGCCUUAAUCAAACCUCAUGCUGCUCAAAUACCGCCAGUCGUUCAGAAAAUCAAAGAAUCCUUAAUCACCAAUGGUUACUUUAUUCUAAGAUGGAGGAGGGACAUCAUAACGUUGGAUAUCGCUGAGAAGAUGUACUCCGUACACAAGACGAAACCAUUUUAUAUACGCUUAGUUUCAAUGAUGACAAGUGGCCCGGCCGAAAGUUUUGUCCUUGCGAGGGAAAACGCAAUUAAACACUGGAGGACGAUGAUGGGACCAACAAGAGUUCUCGAAUCCCAGUACACACACCCUUACUCAUUAAGGAGUCUCUAUGGUACAUCAAAUACAAGAAAUGCUACUCACGGUGCAGAUAGCCUUGAAUCUAUGAAGAACGAGGUGUCUAUAUUUUUCCCUGACUUCGAUGUAGACGCUUGGUAUGAAGAUGAGGAGGUCUAUUUUAGAAAUGGUUACAGCAAGUUUGACGAGGAUUUGCAAAUCCAUGUAAAAGAAGACAUAGCUUUCCCGGAUAUCAUCAAAAAUUGCAAUUAGUCAAAACAACCACAAAUAAUUGACUAUAAUAAUUAUAAAUAAUUAAAUAAUACCAAAGUAA